ACAUCAAUCGGGCAGAAAACGACGUAAGUCUACGCAAACAUACCAGCACCCCUAUCGUCAUCGAUGACGAUGAUGAUGAUGAUGAUGAUAUUAGCUAUGUGCUUCGUACAUCGCCCAAAUGGCUGAACAAUGGUCUACAGACACACUCACCCCUACUAUCUUUACCACGACUGACAGGCGAGGAUGAUUCUGAACACGAAGCCGAGGCUCCCUCCCCAACGAUCGCCGCUCAAGCGCGACGGCGCGUCACAUUUGGGGAUGAUGUGUCCGAUGAACCUGUGGAAGACUGGAGCCGGUCGCCCCAUGUCCCAGAAUCACCAACGAUCUCGCGGGGCACACGCAAGAACCUCGUCGCCAAGGGAAGCCUGAAGAGGACAUCGCCCGCUAAGGGCAAGCCAGCGAAGCCCAAGAGAAUACCCGUUGUUUCUUUCACGAUAUCUGACGACGAGGAAGACUCGGUUGCAUCUGUCGACGGGAUGCCCAAUGUCGUCGAGCGUGGCACGCCAAUCGAGAUUAAAGAUUCCGAUGAACAUCUUGUGGCUGGGCGUGGUGCUUUAUCGACGACGACGCAAAUUCUGCCGCCCAACCGCCCCUCUUUCAACCAGGCUGCUCUUUCAGAUCGGCGGCCAUAUGCAUCGCAGCCUGUACCGUCUGCAUACGCAAGACCGCGGAUUGUCACUCCGAUCCCACCACCUGUGAUUCCCACCAGCAGCACUUCCUCUGUGUACCUGAGCCGGCCGAAUGUCAUUGAGAUCGAGAGCUCGGUGUCGUCUGACUCUAAGGAGGACAGCGACGUCGUGGUGAUCUCCAAGUCAGAGGCAAUUGCACCGAUGCAGGCCAGCCCUCCGCCAGAGCUGCCGCCUUUGAUCCCACUUGAGGUGAAAGCAGCAGCACCGUCUCCCCUCUCAUCUCCCUCACCAGCACCGGCACAGGGGCAACACAUGACUCAAGAUAAUCGCGAACUUGAAAGUCGUGACGACGAGCCACAAGAGAAGCAUUGUGACUCACCAGAGCACUACAACGAGCCACUCCUUCCUCCCGCGGCGUCGAGCUUCGGGCAAAAAGAGCCGCAAGUGGCUACAGAACCCCAGCCAGCUCAGCAAAGCCCCGAGCCAACAAGGAAGAAGGCCAAGCGAGGUAAAAAGCGGCGGAGAUCCAGCAUGUUCGCGGAGCAGGCGGCCCCGGACGUCAGCGUUGGCGUCGGCGUCCGGCUCGAUCGCGCCAUGAUCAUGGCGCGUAAACAGUUCCUCUCAUCGCUCUCACGCUUCCACGGGCAGAGAGCGGUGAGCGACCAGGCAGUGUACAGAGCCGAGCACCACGGCCUGAGCAAGAAGGCGCAGAAGAAACGGCGCAGGUCUAGUCAGCAGCAAGAGCCUCUUGGAGGUUCGUUCCAUCUGGCAGGCAAUACGUCCUCCCUGGCCCGUGGCGAGAAACGGCGGCAUCACGAUGAUGCUGAUGAGGGCCAAGACGACGGCAUCAAUGGACGAAUCACGCCCGCUGCUGACACGAGCUAUUUCUGCACGCGCACCAUGCUCGCCGAUGCUGCCGCACAGCUGGCCAGCAGCCACUCGCCGCACAAGCUGAAGAACAAGAAGCGCAAGCUGAGCCACGACGACGACGACUACGACGACGCCAGUGUUCAAGAUGAUGCAAAGUUCAGCAUCACACGAGGAAACGGCCUGCCGCCACAGUCGUCAUCCUCGGCCACGAACAACAACAACAACAUCCCGAGCAGCAGCCACCCGUCGCUGAUCUCGCCGCCGACGACCUCGCGACCGUCUAGUGCUGGGUCGCGCGGGGUAUAGCUUGAAACGGUUUUUUCCCCUUGCAUUUCAAGGAGGUGAUGAGUGUGGGGGGGUUUCCGCUGGCACGGCUAAGCGUCUUUUUGGCAAACGCCUGCGACAGGCAGUUGUUGGUUGUCUGGCAAUCGCUCUGUUUGGAUGGUACCACAGAGAUUCAAAACGAGGUUUUGUUGCAAAGAGCGGCGUCC